AUGUCGCAUGACCCUUGCAUGUACUCAGGUCCGUUACUAGUACUUGGUUUUCCAGAAACCAGUAGUGUCUCCUUUUGUUACAUGAGCAAUGCCCGGGAAACGCCCACGAAGUAUGCGUUCGCCGCUGUCUCAGAAGGGCCCUCGGACGCCGCGACGGAGAGCAUGCGACUCCUGUUACAAGAAGAAGGUGUGUCUAACGCAUUGCUCGACUCAGCAUGGAUCUCGUCUUACCUGUGCGUCUCCGGUCUCAACAGAUCCAAUGUGAUGCAGAGUUUCCCCAGUGCAAUUGGUGCAAGCAUCAUAAUCUCGCCUGUACCUAUAAUAGAAUCUGGGGCCACAAAGGCGUGGGUGCCGCCGGCCGUAAUGCAUAACGUCACGAAUUCUCAACUAAUCCAUCUGGUUAGUAAUCCGGUGACUCUAACGCCUAAAGAGGGUGCGCAAUAUCUCCUUGGAGACCCAUUAUCUAUCCCCGGUGGCGGAGGUGCGCUUCCAGGUCCGCCCCAAGCGGCUGAUCGGACAUGGCAUUUGAGACCAGGAAACACAUUCCUGAACAAUGUCACCUGUCUUGGAGGGCACCACGUAUUCUCUGAUGACGGCCGGAAAUGGAUUGAGUCUCAGGUCGGAGAAACCAUUGACUUCGACAAGUUGUUCUCUCUCGAGCUUCACUGGUUGAAACCGCUUCGUUUGCAUGCGAACACCACAGCACCUCCUGCUCUGCGUCCGAAUCUCCCCAGUAGGCCGGAAGUUGAAAGAUACAUUCUGGUCUAUAGCUCAUCCUUUCAGUGUCUAGUUUUCCCCGUGAUUAGCAGAUCAUUAUUCGAGAAGACGCUGGACCUCGCUUACAGUCCCUCCCGGCCGUCAGGUUCAGCCAGCGCCAAAUCCUGCGUGUAUUCAUUUCUCUCUCUCAUAUCCCUGUUUGGUUUUGAUGACAACAUACACGGCGCUACGGAUUGCCAAUCCUAUGCAUCGGCGGCGCAGAGCCUUUUGGCACCGGUGGUUGAGGAGAUGACAGUCGAUGGACUCCAGUCAUUGAUCAUGCUACGUCUAAUCAACCCGCCAGGUGCAACUCCAUUAUUUUCUAGGCGACCUCCAGUCGGCAGCGGUGACUUUGUCCAUCGCCGCUCGUCUUCUGUAUGCACUGGGGGCUCACAUAUAUGUCUACGGACGGGCCAACCACCGUGUAUGAAUGAUGCACAUUGCGACCUUACUCUACCUUCAGAUUAUUUAUGGCUGCAGAAUAUCAAUCUACAGCAAACCAUUCCACAGAUCAACAAUCAUACUAUUCCCCUUUUUCCUUGGGAUCUGCGCCUCUCGAUGCUCAAGUCAAGGAUAUACAAUGAGCUCUACUCCGCGAGUUCCCUUCAUCAGCCGGUAUCCGAGUUGCUGUCGAGAAUUCGAGGCCUCGACGAGGCAUUAGAGCAAUGGAGGCUGUCGCUACCCGGGGAGUUUCGACCGACGUUAUACUUUUCUGGAGAGACGCCUGUUAGCGCCAACGUGAAUACGCAGGCGGUAAUGUUGCGGCUUGCAUACUAUCAUUGCAUAACCACCGUCCAUCAAGCAACCAGCAGACGCCACGUUUCACAACCUGAUCUUGUAGGGCCGAGACUCAACGGGAUCGGUUCAAGUGCAAGCCUCUCUAUCGCCGCGAGCCGUUCAACACUGUCUUAUCUUCAUAGAGUGUUGCCUGUGGUCAAAGGGGAAUGCUUUUGGAUCAUUCUCUUUUACGCCAUAACUGCGGUGUUGACUCUCUUCUGCAAUAUCAUCUCGAAUCCCCGCGAUGCCGAAGCCAGUCAUAAUGUGAACUUGUUGCAGAUGACUCCGGGCUUAAUCCGCAGAAUCCCUGUCCGGAAGUUAACCCUCGGCGAAGUCAUCCACCUCCAGUACCUCGACGGUUUUACUGCCGAACUUGCGGCCAUUUGUGUGCGUGCUGUAUCCAAGUCACAACAGAGUCCAACCGACGCGGGCCCGUAG